CGAAAACAGAAGAAAUGUAAAAUGACGUUGACAUUAGUGUGACACUUGACGUUGACAGAUAAUACGUCAUACAUAAUUUUAGCAUCUUGCUUUGAUUAAAAACAAAUUGAAAAGAUUCAAGACUUGAAAUAAUGCGUUAAAUUUAACUUCGUGCACUAAUAGCAGAAGGAAAGAUGCCUCCUACGAUCCAACAGAAUAAUCAGAACGCCGCAAAUGGGGUGGAAAAAAGACAAGUAAAGACCGUCGAGAAAAGGUCCGAUUUAUUAUGUAAAGUAAAAUAUUGCAACACACUGCCCGAUAUACCGUUCGAUUUGAAGUUUAUAACGUACCCUUUCGAAUCAAUUAGAUUCAUCCAGUAUAAUCCCACAUCCUUGGAGCGUAAUUACAAAUACGAAGUAUUAACUGAACACGACUUAGGCGUAAGCAUAGACCUUAUUAACAAAGAUAUAUACGCAAUCGGAGCGGGCGCCUCCUUGGAUCCGGCCGAUGAGAAACUCCUAGAAGAAGAUAUCCUCACCCCGCAAGACUCCAAGAGGUCCCGUCACCAUGCCAAGUCCGUCUCGUGGCUUCGACGAACCGAAUACAUCUCCACGGAACAGACCAGAUUCCAGCCCCAAACCAUGGACAAAGUCGAAGCUAAAGUGGGCUACAGCAUCAAGAAAUCCCUGAACAACGAGACCCUUUACAUGGACAGAGAUUCGCAGAUCAAGGCCAUCGAGAAAACGUUCGAAGACACCAAGACGAUCAUCGAUAAGCAUUACAGCAAGCCCAACGUGGUCCCCGUGGACGUCCUGCCGGUUUAUCCAGAUUUCAGUUUGUGGAAAUAUCCUUGUGCGCAGGUUAUCUUCGAUUCCGAUCCGGCUCCAGUGGGCAAACAAGUACCCGCUCAAAUCGAGGAGAUGUCUCAAGCUAUGAUCAGAGGUGUAAUGGACGAAAGUGGUGAGCAAUUCGUGGCCUACUUCCUUCCCACCGAGGAAACACUCCAGAAACGCAGGGAAGACGUCGCGAACCAAGUCCAAUACCAAGACGAAGAGGAAUACGAAUACAAAAUGGCCAGAGAGUACAAUUGGAACGUUAAAAGCAAGGCGAGCAAAGGCUACGAGGAGAAUUAUUUCUUUGUUGUACGAUCGAGUGGUAUUUAUUACAACGAAUUAGAAACCCGGGUUAGAUUGAGCAAGCGAAGGCAGAAAGUAGGCCAACCCCCGAGCAAUACGAGGCUCAUCGUUAAACAUAGGCCUAUGGAUGCGAACGAAUUCAGAAUGCAACGGUACAGAGAAAAGCAGCUGGAGCCUACAGGCGAGGAUGACGAAGAGAUGGAAAUGGACGAGCCUCAAGACGAGGAAAACGUGCUCGAGCCGGAUAACGAAAGUCGCGACAAAGAAACCGAGAGCGACAACGAGAAGAAACGAUCCAGAGCUUCCUCAGUGUCUUCCCAAAGGAGAUCGAGAUCCAGGUCGCAUUCGUCGGCUAAAUCAAAUUCCAGGUCGAGUUCAAGGUCGUUGUCGAAGUCCAGGUCUCGUUCGAGAUCGAAGUCGUCGUCGAGGUCUCGGUCCAGGACGCCGUCGAAGUCUCCCACUAGGUCUAGGUCCGCGUCAAAGUCCCCUUCUAGGUCUAGAUCGCCGUCGAGCGCCAGAUCCAAGUCGGCUUCCAGUUCUGGCUCGAAUUCCGAAAGCGAGUGAUUUAUUUCUCGUAUGAAUUGUUAAAGUUUGCAUUAAAUAAACUAGUUUUUUAUCUUCGA